AUGCGGUUGCUCCUUGCUCGCAAUGAAUUGCUGGCAUCGGCCAUUUUAUUGAUGUCGACAAUCGAUUCGUGCUCUGCAGAUGUGCUUAGAAGACGCUCAGCGACUUCCGUGCAUUCAUCUACAAAUACGACUUUCAUUGCGCCUACAAAAUCUAGUUCCACAUUAGCGACCGCCGUCUCCUCUUUUCAGACUUCCUCAAUGACAGCAGCGGCUGUGUUGAAGUCUUCUACGCUCCCAGCAAAUGCCACAAGCCCAAUCACCCAAGCUCCACUAUGGGGCAAUCAGAGCAUUCCAAGAAACACAUGCUCAUCGCUGUCGGGAGAUGUCACGGUUUGGAAUCCAUGCAGCGUUUUCGCUGGAACUGUCCACUUGUCCUACUUUCCCGAAAACAGAGGCAACUGCUCCAACUGUGCGACAGAGUAUUACGACCCUACUUUGUCGGUGACCCUCACGUCUCCAUCGGUAUAUCUUAUUGUCAAUACGUUGUAUGGCUAUAACACUUGUGGACCUUUAGGCCCCAAUUAUGUCAGCCAAGCAUUCCCAAUGGCUUUGUCGGAUGUCUCCACGCUCCCACCAUAUGCCGAUGUAUCAGCCACCACUCGAGCUCCAGCGCGUCCUCUGACAUUAAGUGAUCUGGAGAAUUGCCCGUCAUGGUCGGUCCUGAAAACGGAAGGUGUUCUAACUGAAUCCCAUCCCGUGAGCAAUGUUUUCAAUAGAUGCAACCCAAGAUUAUGGGUGCCAAUGGAAUUCAGACGAGUUGGCUAUCCGUAUUGGAUGCAUUGCGGAAACCGUAACUAUGGGGUUGGAGUGUUUGACCCCCCUGGAGCUGUGCCAACAGUGGACUCAUUGUUUACCUCGGCCGCUCCUGUACAAUAUACAUCGACUUACAAUUCAGCAACCGUCGCUGCUUCUCCUGUACCGGAUCAAGCGUCAAGUACUUACACUGCAGCUCAAUCCACUGAUACGCCUCUACAGAUCCUAGCCUCUACCAUGGACAGUUCAAGCUCGAGCGUUCUAGAUAGUACUACCCAGAACAGCGAUAAAAUAUCUGUUCAAAGCUCGACCCCAAUAGCCACACCAAUACCAACGUCAAAGUCACCAACCGCCAUUGCUAUAGUUGGGGCCAACACGGUAUCAGCCAUCGCUGGCUCCUCCGGUGCCAUUCUGCCAGGUGAUGAGACAGCCAGCGUCGGCCAAGUUACAACAAUAACCGACUCUGCUGGCAGCAAAGCCGUUGUUUCCGUCGGUGCGUCAGGAGUUUACAUUGCAGGAACAGAUUCCAAAAACACAUUCUUUGCGAACCCUACUACUGCGCCCAGCCCAACGUCGACACCGAUCACUACGAUACAAGGACAGAUAAUUUCCGCUGGGGCCGGAGACAAUUCAGUGGUCAUCAAGGGUCAAACAAUUACUUCUGAAGGAGAAGUUGUCACAUUAGCUGGAACACAUGAUAUAGCGAGUCUGGGUUCGGAGGGUCUUGUGGUCCAGUAUUCAGGUGGAGCUAUCUCGACGUACUCAAUUCCAUCAUCAACUCCGGCCCUGCAAGGUGGAGCAGCGGUCGCCGGCUACGUCGUUACAGCCACGGUAGGCGCAUCAAUUGUGGUUAUCGGAUCUCAGAUCGCAAGCCUCGAAGGAGAUCCAGUCACGUUGGCAAAUAAUGAUGUUGUUAGCCUGGGAAGUAGUGGCGUUGUCAUUCAAUCUCCAGGCGGUGCCGUGACUACGGUCGAGCUGCCUAGCAGUAUCGAGACAGCGGACGGAGCGUUUACCACCUCGAAGGGGAGGGUUGCUAGUGCCAUUGCUUCUAGUGCCACUUCCUCUAAGACUGAUAUCGGUGGAGGUGUGAAAGCUGGAGUGACUUCGACUUCGAACUCGACUCCACCUUCAACCGCAGCUUCUGCAAAUGUGACUGGCCCUAUAUUUACUGGAUCUGGCACGACGACACUACUUCCUGGUUUGUUUUGGGUCAUUGCCAUAGCCUUGAGUGGAGCACUGGGGAUAUAA